AUGGGUGUCAUUGGCCACAAUAUCUUCACACAUGCAACCAUAUCUUCAGAGAUCAUGGAUACCUUAUUCUUCCCCUCUAUUGCUAAUGCUUUGCUGCUAUGCUCUCUGAUAAUAUUCGCAACCAUGCUCUCCCAAGACAUGUGCAGCAGCUUGAGCGCUCAAUGCAAUGAAAGAGACCGUCAUCUUCUCCUAAACUUCAAACACACUGCUUCUGAUCCAUACGCCAUCCUCUCUACUUGGUCUGAUGAACGAGAUUGCUGUCAGUGGGAAGGAAUUCAGUGUGACAACACCACCGGUAGAGUGAUCAUGCUUAACCUCCCAUGUUCUCCACAACCCAGUGCUACUGAUUGUGAUGAAGAGGACGAAAGCCAGUGUCUUACAGGUGAUCUCCACCUAUCUUUGCUUCAGCUUGAGUUUCUAAAUUACUUGGAUUUGAGAAAUCAUGACUUCCAUGCUAUUAUCCAAAAUGAUAGUGUGGAUAUCUCAAACUCUACCAACAUAUCUGCGUUUGAAUGCCAAAAUUCUUCUAAUCUUCAUUAUCUAGAUUUAUCCUAUAAUGAAGAUCUUCACUUUGAUAGUCUUCAUUGGCUUUCUUGUGUUCCCGCCUUGAAAUAUCUUAACUUUUGUGGCAUUAAUCUUCAAGGGAGAGUUGAUUGGCACCAAUUAGCAACUCUUGUUCCUUUCCUUACUGAGUUGCGCUUUGAUAGUUGUCAGCUUUCAAAUAUUAGUGCAUCUAUCCACUAUGUCAAUUUUACUUCGCUUGAAUUUCUUGGCCUCGCUCAUAAUGCUUUUAGCUCUGAAUUCUUUCCAGAUUGGUUUGGCCAACUUGAACAUCUACAGUUUGUUGAUGUUAGUGAAAAUUCCUUCUCUGGUCCAAUUCCAGAUUGGUUAGGCCAACUUGAACAUCUACACUUUCUUGAUGUUAGUGCAAAUUCCUUUUCUGGUCGACUUCCAGAUUCCUUAGGCCAACUUGAACAUCUACACUUUCUUGAUGUUAGUGCAAAUUCCUUUUCUGGUCCACUUCCAGAUUCCUUAGGCCAACUUAAACACCUACAGUUUCUUGAUUUUAGUGAAAAUUCCUUUACUGGUCCAAUCCCUUCAACUUUGAGAGAUAUCUCAUCCUUGAUUUACUUGGAUGUUAGUUCAAAUUACUUAAAUGGAAGUCUACCAGAAACUAUUGGACAACUCUUCAACUUGAAGGCAUUAUAUUUUGAUGAUAACCAAUUGACAGGGUAUGUGUCUGAAAAUUUUUUUGCCAACCUCUCAAAUUUGAAUUAUCUUUCCAUGGGAUCACCUGGUUUAAUCUUUGACUUCAAUCCUGUAUGGGUUCCUCCUUUUCAGCUUGAAGAGGUUUAUUUGGAUCACAUGGUGGGCUCUAAACUUCCCCCAUGGAUAUAUACACAAAUGUCUCUUUCCAGACUAGUAAUUAAAUACUCAACAAUUUCAUUUGAGCCUCAAGACAAGUUUUGGGACUUUGUAGCACGAGUGCCAUACAUACAAUUACAACAUAACACAAUUCAUGGGGAGAUCUCUAGCGUGUUACUAAACUCUACCAUCAUAAAUCUGGGUUCAAAUAAAAUCAAAGGCAACCUCCCUCGAUUGUCACCAAAUGUUGCGAUGUUCAAUGUGUCACAUAACUCUUUCCAAGGGCCUAUCGCUCCAUUAUUGUGUCAAAAAAUGAAUGGGACGAGCCAAUUAAAGUAUGUGGACAUGUCUUUUAAUCUUUUAUCUGGAGGGUUUACAAAUUGUUGGAUGCAAUGUAAAUCAUUGGUUUUUGUGAGGCUAGAUGGCAACAAUCUAACAGGCACAAUCCCCCAUUCAAUUGGUUUGUUGUCUAACCUUGUGGUUUUGCAUCUCAACAAAAAUAAUUUAUUUGGAGAGAUACCUUUGUCGCUGGUAAAUUGCAGGAAGUUGCAGAUCCUUGAUGUAGGAGAAAAUAAAUUAUCUGGAUUCUUAAUGAAUUGGAUGGCACAAAAUGCAAAGAUUCUUCGACUAAGAUCCAAUCAACUAAGUGGAAAUAUACCACCCCAAAUAUGCCAAUUGGCUUCCCUUAGAAUAUUGGAUUUUGCAGACAACAAAAUAUCAGGUUCAUUACCUAUUUGUAUACAAAAUCUCACAGCUAUGGCUUUCCCUAAUUCUUUAGAUAAUAGGGUUUAUGGAGUUUGCAUUAAAACUCCAGGAUUUUUGAGUCAUAUCAGUGACAAUGUUAUGGUGCAUAUAAAAGGCCAAGGAUUGAGUUAUGAAAACAACUUGAAGUUUUUGCAUGCUAUUGAUCUAUCAAGUAAUAAUAUCUCUGGAUCAAUACCUCCAGAAAUAUUUAGCCUCACUGGAUUAGAAUCUUUGAACUUAUCUCAUAAUCAACUUGAGGGAAACAUACCAAAUGAGAUUAGCAACUUGAACAAUUUGGAGUCUCUUGAUCUCUCAAGAAAUCAACUUUCCGGUGAAAUUCCUCAAAGCAUGGAUAAAUUGUCUUUUUUGGAAAUCUUGAACCUCUCCUUCAACAAUUUCACUGGAAAGAUCCCAUCAGGAACUCAACUUCAAAGGUCCGAUGCACAAAGCUAUAUUGGGAAUCCUAAACUUUGUGGUGCUCCGCUUCCAAAGAACUGCAUACACGAACAAGACGUGGAACACAUUGAAGGAAAUGACAAUGAAGAAGAUGAAUUUCUAUCUUCCUUCUACAUUGGGUUGGGAGUUGGGUUUGCCACAGCCUUUUGGGGAGUUUAUGUUGCCAUUUUCUUCCACAGGAACUUCAGGCAUUGUUACUUCAGAUUCCUAUAUCACAUCAGAGACAAAAUUUAUGUCAUAAUGGUUCUCAGGAUGAACCGUUUCCGUUGA